AAAAGAGUAAUGCUGAAGCACUGAUAUAGCAAUCGGACCAUAGCGUAGUGAUAACGUUAAAUGUUAUUAUAAGAAUCCACCAUACGGCUCUUCAGUUUUUAAUGAAAAUCUACUAUGGAAGCUCUUUUCCUAGAAUAGCGACAAGAAUAAUCUGAAGAAGAUUUAUGUUGGGAUGCUUAAUACCCGUUCUAUUGUAGUACGUAAACUUGCUUUCGGCAGCACCAGGCAAAGGUUAGGAGUUCGUGAGGCUAAGGUCCGCUGCCAAGUUAGAAGUAAGCGAGGGAUUAUUAGAACCUAGUGAAAAAUGAAUGCAGAAAGAGCUGUUGGUAAAUUAGCGAGAUAUCUUCGCUCCAGUUGCAUUAGAAAUGAAAAAGUAUUACGAUUUUCUACAAAGGCUGAGGAGCCUGAGAUACCUACAAAUCCAUUGCGAGAAGUAUAUAGUGCCACUGGGCAAACACAGAAUGGUGUUAUAUAUGACAAUAAACCCUUUAAAUAUCGCUGUGAGGCUGGUAAAACGUAUUCUUGGUGUCUCUGUGGACAAAGUAAGUCUCAACCCUUCUGCGAUGGCACUCAUAAAAAUAUAUUUCUGAAGAUAACCAUGAGACCCAUUCGAUUCACUGUCCCUAAGACUAAGGACUAUUGGCUGUGUAAUUGCAAACAGACUUCUAACAGACCAUUUUGUGAUGGUACGCACAAGAGACCAGAAAUUCAGGAAAAGAAGCGUUAGGGUAUCUUUCAUUUUUAUUCUUGUGAAAAUAUAUUAUUAAUCUCAUUCUUCUAAUGUAACAAAUUCUGUCCGAUGUACAGUGCUUGUUCUAAAAAAUCAAGCUGAAUACUUAGUCUUUACAUUUAUUAUUUUGUCUUUUAUUAAAGUACAAAUAAAUGAUGUGGUUAGAGAACAA